GGAGGGGAGAGAGGCAGAACCCACAGUGCAAGGUGAGAGAAGAAGCAGCAGCAGUGCACAAGCUAAAGUUUUCCCUGAGUGCAGCGCCAGUGCCGGGCCGCGAUGUUGCUGAAGGAAUACCGCAUCUGUAUGCCCCUCACUGUGGAGGAGUACAGGAUUGGGCAGCUUUACAUGAUCAGCAAACACAGCCAUGAACAGAGUUCUGAUGGAGAGGGUGUAGAAGUCAUCAUUAAUGAGCCCUAUGAAAGUGCUGUCCACGGGGAAGGACAAUACACUGAAAAACGAGUCUACCUAAACAGAAAGCUGCCAGCCUGGAUACGAGGCUUUAUUCCAAAGAUAUUCUACAUCACGGAAAAGGCCUGGAACUAUUAUCCUUACACAGUUACAGAAUAUACAUGUUCGUUUCUGCCAAAAUUUCAGAUUCGAAUAGAAACUAAAUUUGAGAAUAACAAUGGAUGCAAUGCCCAGGUGUUUAGAGACAAGCCCACCCCAGAGGAAGAUGUUUGCUUCAUAGAUAUUGCUACCGAUGACAUCACAGAAGGAUAUUACAAGAAGUCAGAAGAUCUCCGCAGUUUCCAUUCAGCGAAGACAGGUCGAGGGCCACUGCUAGAUAAUUGGAGAGAGACCUCAGAACCCAUUAUGUGCUCCUAUAAGCUGGUGGCAGCCAAAUUUGAGGUUUAUGGGUUUCAGUCUAGGGUAGAAGGCUUUGUCCAUAAGAAUAUCAGAGACAUUUUACUUGCAGGACACAGGCAGGCAGUCGCCUGGAUGGAUGAAUGGUAUGGAAUGUCUUUGGAGGAUGUGAGAAAAUUUGAGAGAAAACUUCAGGAGGAGACAAAUUGCAAAGUGAAUUGUCAGAAGAAAACCCAAGAUUCCAAGAAUGACGCUAAGCUGAACAAUGGCGGUGGAAGACAUUCAAUCAGCCGCUCUACGUCAUGGAACAAUGGAACGGAGCCAUGUUCUUAUUCAGCAACCAAUGGACCAGCAGACAUAAAGCCACGUCACAGAUUGCCUUCAGCCCCUGAAUAGUGUUUGUCAUGAACUGAAAUGUUCAGAAAUGUCAAAGGAAAUGUCAUUGGUGAAGACACCGUCGUCUUCACAAUUUACAAAAAUGUCGGCAUUACAUGGUCGAUGAGAUAUGUUCUGUGGUUUACCUUCUGCAUAGCAAAGUAACUUUCUCCCAAAAUGAGAGGACCAAAGGACUUGCCAAUGUAUAGAUAUAUUUAUGGUAAGAAAGAGUAUACGGUGCAAUUAUAUACUGGAGGUGUGGAGAAUACCUAUUGGGUUGAUAUCUAGAACUAAAACUUUUUUUUUUUCUAGAUCAAGCAAAUAGUUUCUGGAAUGAUUAGAGAAAAGAUAAGGGUCAGGUGUAGCGUUAGGUUUGGAGAUGGACCAUGAGCUGUUCUCAUUUGCAUGCCACUACCCAGAAUCCCUGGUCGUAGUAGAAGCUCUCGUUUGCUGUGGCAAAGCAAGAUGUCCCUAAGAGACAGGACAAUCCUUCUUAGCAGUACUUAUUAUGGUGGAGGGUUUGUAAUCCUUUAUUGUACGUUGUAUAUACUGUAUGUAUCUAUCUGAAAUGUCAUCUUCAGUAAUGACACAAGUAUCUGUGGACAGUCGGACAGCCGAAAACUGAAAAUGUAGGCCUUCAAAAGAGCACAACUUUAGCGGGUGGUUAUAUUAGUUGGUAUAUAAAUAUAUAUAGAAUCUGGUGCACAAUGAUGAUAAUCUUUGUGGAACUUUACAGUCAAUGGGGCUCUACUAAUAUGAUGUCAGCAAAUGUGUAUUUGUGUGUACAAAUAAAUAGCUCAAGGGAAGACAGAACACUCACACGAGUCGCGUGUAAGUGUUGCAAAAGGAAAACCUCCACACUCCUGGGCCUUAGUGGAACAAUGCUUUCCUUGUUAUUGUAUUGUUCACUUCCCUGCACUGAAGCACUGGUAUUCCGGAACCUCCUAUACAGCACAUUUAUUAAGCUUCAGCUGCCAAUAUCGGUGCACACAAGCUUCAGUAGUGCCUGUGGGUUUGGGUCCAUGUUGACUCCAACAUAGGUGCAAUAAUUAUAGAGUACGUUCAACAAGGUUUGGCCAGUAUGCUAAUAAUGCAUGCUCCACCUAUGCACAACUACAAAUCAUACCCAAAAUGCUCAUUAAACCUCAUUGAAAGAAUAUUGGGUGUUAAUAUACCACCUUAGAACACUUUCGGGGGAAUGUAAUAAAAAUCGCUAACGGAAAAACUAUUCGCAAUGCGAAAAGUUAUGCCUUUGCGC